CGCAACGACCGAAAAUGACCAAUACAGACCAUAGCCCAAAAUUACCAGUCAAACAACUGACUAUAUUGGGUGAGCUCGGAAUUUCUUUUGUUUACUUCUAUUAUAACGUUCCCCUUGAAUAAGUCCAUAUCACGUCAUGUUCUCUUACAGCCGGCAAUACCAUAACUCUAUGCCAGAGAAACCUAGCUCCCGGACGAAUGUGUCUUGUUUAGGAUAUUGUAUCAUUCAUACCUAUUGCCUUAGUCAAUAGACCAUGUACUAGAUGACCUGCCCUUAUGCUAGGGGUUGCUUUGGCUCACGCAUCUUGCCUGGCUACCCUGUGACAUGUUGAAGCAUACUAUCAUCUACUCCGUAUGAAACCAUAGUACAGCCAGAUAGCGAUGGAAGUGGAAAUAGGUGAUGAGGAGCUCAUAAUCAGUCGAUAAUGUCGCGCACUGCUAGAAACCGUACGCUCUCCUAUCGAAUUCCAUGCUAAUUCCGCUUUCAGCCAUCGCACGGUUCGCCGAACCGAUUGCGUACACGUCCGUCUUCCCCUACCUACCCGAGAUGAUAUCCAGUUUCGGCGUCGAAAGGAACGAGAUCGCGAAAUGGGCUGGCAUUACUAUCUCGGCCUUUUCCCUUUCGCAGAGUAUAACGGCUGUAGCCUGGGGCAGAGCCUCAGACCGGCUGGGGAGGAGGCCUGCUAUUCUGACUGGAUUACUUUUCACGAUGAUUGGCUUUAUAGCAUGGGGCAUGUCAACGAGCUUGCCAAUGGCGAUCACUGUCCGUAUUAUGAUGGGGGCCGGUAACGGAAAUGUUGGGAUUAUUCGGACCAUGGUUGCAGAGAUGGUUACCGAGAAGGAGCUCCGACCGAGAGCAUUCUCAAUCAUGCCGUUAGUCUGGAGCAUUGGUUCAGUUUUUGGCCCAGCUUUCGGCGGCCUCUUUGCGAAGCCCGCUGAACAAUGGCCUGGCCUUUUUGGCGACAUCGCUUUUUUCAGGAAAUAUCCAUUCGCUUUCCCGAACUUGAUCGGUUCCAUUUUCUUCCUAAUAUCUCUCACCACGGGGUUUCUGUUUCUCGAAGAGACUAUUCAUAGAAAACGGAAUUCCCGGGAUUGGGGCUUAAUCCUUGGUGAGCGCGUCGUAAACGUAUUCAGAAAUCACCUCCACCGACAAGCACAACGCCUUAGGCGACAGUCUGUACGAGCGAUCGAGGCAUCGGCACCGCUGUUAGACGCAGACACAUCCUCGAAGGUAGCUAAUAUUACUACCGUAGAGUCAAGGGUCAAAAAGCCUAAAAUUCUACCUCUUCUUUCCGUGUUCACUCGCCAGAGCGUUAUUAUUCUUACGGCCUAUACGAUCUUGGCUCUCCACUCCGUUUCGUUCGACCAAGUUUUACCCGUGUUCCUCAACUAUCCAUCACAAAAACAUACACCGGAUAAUACCUCAUGGCCAUUUGUAUUUAGUGGCGGGUUUGGAUUAAAUCACGCUCACAUUGGUACUAUCUUCGCUGGUGAAGGUAUUAUAUCUGGUUUGGUACAGUUUCUGGUCUUUCCACCUUUGUGUACCCACUUCGGCGUCAUGAAUUGCUAUAAGGCCAGCGUUCUUUUAUUUCCGAUUGUUUACUUCCUUACACCAUUUACAGUGCUAGUCGAAGGUACGAUAUUGCGUUACACUGCAUUAUGCACCCUCCUAGUUCUUAAGACGUUCGCUGUCAUUAUCGGGUUCCCCUGCGCUAUCCUUCUAUUCACCAAUAGCGCCAAGAGUUUAAGUAUACUAGGAACUCUCAAUGGCUUCGCGACAACAUUCAGUGCCCUUGGGCGAGCUACCGGCCCUGCCAUGACAGGUGCGGUUUUCACAUAUGGUGUUAAGCGGGGCAUAAUCGGGUUGCCAUGGUGGCUCAUAGCCUUCAUCGCAAUUCUGGGUGCCAUACCCGCCUGGUCGAUUGUGGAAGGUGACGGACCGAGCGACAUUGGUUCUUCAUCCGAUAGCGAGGACGAAGGUGGUUUGGAGGGUGAUGGCGAGCUCACCACCGACGAUGAGGAGUUUAGAGCUAGCCAGGCUAGCAUUAUCGUCAUGCCAGAACAACUGCAGCCAAUAGAGGAUGCCCCAUUAAUACACUGCAUCAAUAACUCGCAAGCUGCCAAUCAUUAUGGGACGCUGGAAACCAGAGACAAUGUUUCUUAGGUUGCUUCAAGGAAUGGAACUGCGGCUUAGUUUGGUAUACGAUGGUCCUUCUUGAUGAUUAAUACACCUAAGAACGGGAAUAAAUAUGCUAGAUGGUGUAUAAAGUAAGGCACUUUAUUUGAUGGCCGUAUAAACAAGACUAUAAGGUACC